AUGCCUCGAGGAUUUCUGGUGAAGAGGACCCGGCGGUGCUCGGCCUCGUACCGGCCCCGAAACAACAACAAAUCUGGGCCGUAUGACGGUGACAGGAGCAGCAGCGACCACACAGAGGCGACUAGAGUACCGGUGAAGGGGAACUACGUGUUGACUAUCUCCCCGUUUGACCGGACAGAUGGACUGCUGCCGGUGUCCCGCGAGGACCCCGCCGGUGUCAGAGAGGCUUGGAGCCCGCACGUGGAGUCCGCGCUGGAGGCUGAGGCGGACCGGCGCGCGCAGUUACCGGAGACCGAGGAGCAGGUGAGCGAGGUGGACGUUUUAACUCCGGACGGUCCCGACUUCUCCUGCUUCUUCCCGCCUCCGCCGCCUCUACGCGACCUGUCGUCACCGGAGUCCUGCAGCCCCGUGAAACCGGUCGGCACGAGGAUGCUGGAGCGGCGCGAGGACGCAGAUCAGCAGCAGGUGCUCCCCGGCAGGUGCCUGUCAUUGUCAUCCUCCUCCACGGGGUCGGAGUUACCGGAGCUGCCGUUCCUGGUGAGCUCCACGCCGGCUUCUAUAGAGCGGCUCCUCGCGGGAGGCAGCGGCCGCCACCACUCGCCGUCCUACGGUAACACUGACCCGAGCAUGACCCAUGUGCACUUGUUCCCGCCGCUGACGUUAAUGAGCCCGGAGCGGCAGCACGCGGAGAGGAAACGCUCGUUCCUCGAACCGGAUCAGCGCGUGAGACACAGCAAACAGUCCUCCGGUAACCAAUCAAAGAAACCCAAAGCAAACCGGAAGCUCAACUUCGAGGAUGAGGUCACGACCUCUCCGGUGCUGGGUCUGCGGAUCAAGAAGGAGAGUCCGGAGAUGAGGAGGCAGCGAGAGAAGUCGUGCGCGUCCACCGGGAACCAGCCGCUCCGGGACUUCAUCUGCCAGCUGUGUAAGGAGGAGUACCCGGACCCGUUCUCCCUCGCGCAGCACAAGUGCUCCCGCAUCGUGCGCGUGGAGUACCGGUGUCCCGAGUGCGACAAGGUCUUCAGCUGUCCCGCCAACCUGGCCUCUCACCGCCGGUGGCACAAACCGCGUCCGGUAAACAACCAGGGAGCAGAGACCCCCACCAACAACAAGAGCCAGCCGUUAAAGGAGGCGCGCGGGCUCCUCCAGCACGAGCGGCCGCCGGUAGAGAUGGAGGGUAAAGAGAACGAGCUGCUGCGCGUCCACGCCAAUCAGCACCACCGGGCACCGGACAGCUCCCGAAUCAGGCGAGAACAGUCCCUGCUCCUGCUGCGCGCUCGCUCCCGGGACAGCCCCGACACCGACAGCCUCCCGCCGCCUCCUCACUACGACUCCUCCCCGCCCCGGUACCGGCUCCCGGGGGAGAGCCGCCUGGAGCUGCAGCAGCAGGUGAGAGCGGCGGACAGUCCACCGUCCAGCCUGUUGCUGCUGAACGGAAACCCGGAGGAGCAGCAGCAGCAGCAGCCGCCGUCGUCUCUCUCACAUCCGCACUUACCGUUCGUGCAGUCGUUACCGGAGGAGGAGGUGUACGAGUGCCGGUACUGCGGGAAGAAGUUCCGGCGGCAGGCUUACCUCAAGAAACACCUGGCCGCGCACGAGGCGACAGCGCGAGCGGCGUCCCCGCCCCCGUCGGCGUACGGUCAGGCUCGAGACGGCAGCCAGGUGUUCCUGUGUCACCUGUGCGGCGCGCGCUUCCCGUCGGUAGAAAUCCGGGACAAGCAUCAUCUGUGGCACGCGAUGAGGGACGAGUUACUGGCGGGAGGAGGAGGAGUGUUCCACGCGCACCGGGAGGAGAACGGCACCGGGGAGUGUGAUCAGCAGCAGCAGCAGCAGCAGCAGCAGAUCUUCACGUGCAAACACUGUCCCUCCACGUUCUUCAGCUCCCCGGGACUCACGAGACACAUCAACAAGUCUCACCCCACCGAGAACCGGCAGGUGAUGCUGCUGCAGAUGACCGUGAGACCGUAGAGACGAGACAAUAACGACAAACUGCGGUUGGUAGGAAAAUAAAACUCUGGUUGUGUUGUGAAUUCUCCCUGAGGCCUGUUUGCUUCAGUUGUGUUUAGAAGACAACAAGUGUAUCAGUUGUGUAACCGGAUGAGGAUCGUGAUCACCGAUGAUUGAGCAACAUGACGUGUGAGCUGUUUCACUCCGGUCUGUGAUGACGUCACACACUGUCCACGGUCGGGACGCCACAUAAUUAAAUGUAACUGUCCGAGGUGCUGAAACUAAACCACAACAUCUGUCCGUGGUGCUGAAAGAUUUUAUUGCUAUUAUCGUAUAUGAAAUUAUCUUGUUUUUUUAUUUCAUUAAUUAGAAACCUGAGCAUAAUCCUUAAUCAAUAAAUACACUCAAGCAGGAUUGUUAUAAUGGAAUUUUAAAGUGUGGGGACAAGAAAGUAUCUUUAAAUCUUUUAGGAAAAAACUAUUUAAAUCUUUAAGUUGUUGUAAUAAGGGUUAAAACAGAAUCACACAAUCAUGACAGACAUUUUCUUAAUUUCUAAUCUGAUCUGAUCUGUUGAUUACAAUUACAACCAAGCGAAGGGGACAGACUGUAGUUUAACUUAAAGGACAUUUUCAAUAUGACAAUUAAUUAUGAAGAAUGUUAUACAUAUAUAUUGUUCACUCCACUAACGAGAUGUUUAAACUCAUAUUCAGCAGAUUUCUGUGGCAAAGUAAUCAGAUUACACCGAUGUUCAGCAGCAGUGCAGUGGGUUACAUUACUGACCCGUAUGAUGUGUCACACAGAGCCAGACCAUGAUACCUGCAAUCACAUUUAAAAAGUGACCUUCCUUCACCUGCAAUCAAUGCCCUGACUCUAGUUUAAGGACAAUUUCAUGUACAGUAAAAGAACAGUAACAUAAAGAGAAAAUGGUCGAUCAUCUGACCAUAACGCCUUUUAUAGUAAAUGUGUCAGUUUUCUUCUCAGCUAUAAAAUAUUUUCAUACAGAAAUGGAACAUGUGAUGUUAGUACUGCUCGUAAAGUGUCCUCUGUGUUUAAUGAUGAUAAGUUACUGUUCAGAUAUUUGCUAAAUGCCUUCAAGAUGAUAAAAUGUAAUUGUAAUGCUGAAGAGCCUAUACAGGACUAUUUUGA